AUGGACUAUAACUAUGACCCGAGUCCUCGAGACCCGCGAUAUCUUCCUACCGUUCGGCAACAAAACCUCUACGCCUCCGGAUCUAAUAGCACAGGGUACAUGUCUACCACGUCCACCAGUCCGGGAUUCUAUUCACAAACUUCCAGCGGCCCUGGCCAGAUAGAAGCCACAGCUGCAAGCCCUGGAUUCUAUAACUCAGUCUCCAGCGGUUCUACCAACAUUGUUAAUACAGUAGACACUCCUGGCUACUAUCAGCCAUCCUCCAGCGGCUCCGCUCACAUGACGCCUUCUCUUACGAGUCCGUUCUAUCCAUCAACCUCCAACGGCCCCAGCCACAUUUCUAAUACAGCUGCCACUGCUGGCUCCUAUCCACCAUCCUCCAACGGCUCCGGCCAAAUAACUUCCCCUGCUACGAGCCCCGGUUUCUACACACCAUCAUCCAGUGGCUCUGCGUAUAUAUCGAAUUCUUCCCUGGGCCAAGGCUUCUAUUCGGGACCCUCCAGUGGCUCAGCAUACAUGGCUACUUCUGGUCCUAGCUACCCGUCGAUGCCUCCAGCACUCCCCUCCUACAACUCGAGCCCUAGUUAUUCCAACGUGGCUUCAUCCUGCUACAAUCUUCCGUUCUCUGGCCGCCGCGACAGCGCCAAUUUGAUUCCAGAGGUCUGCGAACUGAUUGUUGAGCAGCAGCCCCAGGAGGCUCUUCUCACAACCAAGGACAAGGAAAAGAUGCGCAAGCCAAUAGAUGCUCCGCCCAUACUUCAACUGACCAUCAAACACGCCACUGCUCAACAGGAGCUGAACUUGCUGCAGAAUCCAUAUUUGUUCGCAUCAGUAACACUGAUCAAGCCCGAUAAAGACGAAGUCGUGGACAAGAGCGGCAAGGCCCUAAUGGGCACACUGGUCUCGUCCUGCCAACGGCUCAAAAACGUUAACAACGAAGACGGCGCAUGGUUCGUCUUCGCAGACAUCUCUGUCAUGGUCUUGGGCACCUACAGACUUGGUUUCACGCUCCACGAAUUCGACCCGGCCGAGAAGGCAACGCGCGUCCUCGCCGCAGCCUACAGCGCCAAAUUCGACGUAGUGGCCGCAAAAGACUACAGAGGUCUACAAGAAUCGACCAUGUUGACCAGGACGUUUGCCGAGCAGGGUUGCAGGCUACGUCUGCGCAAGGAACCCAGAGGUGGCUCCAUGGCUAGCAAGCGUCGUAGCUCCGGAUCCCAGGGCCCAACCCCAAAUGCGCCCAUUCUCCCUGCGGGUGCAAACGCCCCGAUCAUGCCCACUGGUGACUACUCCCCCGCCAAACGCAUGAAGCACGAUCUUGGUGCGCCGCUGAGCGUCUCGUCACACCCAGCGUCGUAUCAGCCUCCGCAUCCUGGCGCGCCGCAGACGCCGAAUAGGGUACUGUGGACAGGUGCUGGCGACCUGGAUGGGUUCGGCACUAUGCUUGGAAAUUCGGGCUUGAUGAUGGGAAGGGGCAUGGGAGAUGCACCGUUCAAUGAAUGGUAG